AUGGAUUAUUUUAAAUUUUUCGACGAAUACAAAAAACGUGUUCCAGAUGCUUUUCAAUAUUUAGUUUAUGAAUCUUGUUCUGCUACUCCGGGGCGUAGAAUUAGUGGAUCAGGUAAACAAUCGGAUGCUUCAUUCGUACCAAAACUUCUGCCUAAGCCAGCUCAAAACCCAUGUGAUGCUGAGGGUAAUCCUUGGCCAAAUAUUAUCGUUGAGGUGGCUAAUUCACAAAGCCUUGCAAGUAUAAUCCAAAAGACCACCCAAUUCUGGUUGGCCCCAAAUCGUGUAGAAGACGUUAUUGUAUUAAAAUUGUGGAAAUGGAAUUCAACAAGGGAUCAAAAUGGAACCUCUUUGCGCCGUUUAACAUGCUAUAAAUUCUGUCGUAGAAGAAGCCCUCAAAAUGCACGUGGACAUUACCUACCAGUUCAAGCAAUUGAAUUCGGAACCAUUGAUGCAACAAAUCAACCAUAUAACGGAUGUACUGCUGUGGGAAUGUGUGUUUUGAAUAUUUCACCACGUUGUAUUUACAGAGGCUGUCCUCGACAACCAUUUGCGAAUAAUGUAAUUAUUGAUUUAUUUCAUAUUCAGCAAGAAAUAUUUGAUAGUAUGUAG